AUGGCGGGGUGUCUCCCAGCCAGCCGCCCGUCUAUCCAUCCAUCCGCCAGCCCAGCGAGCAGCCGCCGCCGCCGCGCCGGAGCCGCGCUCCGCUCCCCGCGGCACCUCCUGCGCGCUCACACCGCGCCGUGCGCGCCCCCGCGGGGGAUGCGCGGCCCCGCCGGGGUGGGGGGGGACGCGCAGAGUUUGCCCCGCUCCGGGCGCGCCGAGGUGCGGGCGGUCCGCGCUGCCCCCGGCCGCUGCCGCACGCUCCGCCGCUGCUCCUCCCUGCCCAUCGCCCUCCCUGCCCAGGCAGCCGGGCGCGGGAAAUCAGAAAACAAUGAAAAACAAGCUAGGACAAAAGAAGAAACACCAUUAGAGACUGGCAAGUGGAUAUUCCCAAGACCUCCACUUCAUAUUUCUGUGUCAAAACUAACGGGAAUGGAAACAGAGUCACUUUGCUCUAAAGGCAUUGCAGUAGAUGAUCCCUUGAAGACAUCUCCAGAUGAUAUUUCCACUAUAGCCACUGAUAUUGAGGCAGAGCUUCUAAUCUGCUUCUUGGAAACUGGGGAAGCCUGGUAUUGCUAUGGAAUAAUUCACACAGGGAGCAUUAUUCUGAACCCAGCCUCUCUCCAGAAUCACCUACACCAAGCUGCUUGCUCUUGGUGCUUACAGAGAGAUUCUGAAGCUGCAGAAGUAUCUUUUUCAGUUAUGUACACACCAUUUGUGAAAGGAGACAAGGCUGACAAAAUAAAGGAGGCAAAUAAAAACUUUGCUAAAGAGCACCCUGAUUACAUGCAGCUCAUAUUCACAGAUCCUCAUGGAAUUCACACAUGGCCAGACAGGGUUGAGUCUCUGCCUGCCUGCCCAGCAGUACUCACUGACUGUGGGUUUCAGAAACAAAAAAACUUGGAAAGGUCUGUAACUAGAAAACUGCCAAUAUUUUCAGACCAGAAGGCACCUUUCAGUCCUACCAUGGAAGAAGAAACAAAACAAUCUGGGGACAGAACUGGGAAAAACAUUGUCAUGGAUUUUAUAAGAAGCACCACUCUGGUGUCCAGUGUGAUGGAGAGGUUCCAUUUCACCAACCUCCCUGGCCUCUGGCAGAGGGAGGAGGAGCAGCCCCAAGUGAUGAAUCAAGUGAUGGCUGAGCUGGUGACCAUCCGCCUGCAGGAAGCCACUUGGGAGGAUGCAGAGCUGCUGCAGUCACUAAUGGCUGAUGCCAUGGACAUCCUUGAAGGAAAAAGUGAAGAACAUGUGUGGACUAAAACUGAGAAGCUAAAAAGCAGCAGCAAAGGGCAGGAGAGUAUAUUGCUCCCUAGGGAGUAA